AUGGGGCUGCUGGAGCAGUGCCGCGAGGCUUUCGGCGCCGGGGACUUGUACCAGGUGCUGGGCGUGCGGCGCGGCGCUUCGGCCGAGGAGGUCCGCCGCGGCUACCGCCAGGCCUCCCUGCGGGUGCACCCGGACCGCGCCGGCCUGCAGGACAAGGCGGAGGCCACCCGGCACUUCCAAAUCUUGGGCAAAGUGUAUGCAGUGCUGAGUGACCUAGAGCAGCGAACUCUGUAUGACCAGCAGGGGGUUGUAGAUGAAGAGUCGACUGUGCUGGCCCAGGACCGCAACUGGGAAGAGUACUGGAAGCUGAUCUUCAAAGAGGUGACUUUAAAAGAUAUUGAAGACUUUAAGAAGCAGUACAAUGAUUCUACAGAAGAGGUGGAGGACAUUAAAACAGCAUAUAAGAACUGUAAAGGUGAUAUGGAACAAAUUAUGGAUAAAGUACUGUGUGCAGAUUAUACAGAUGAACCAAGAAUAAGGACGAUCAUCCAACAAGCCAUUGAUUUGGGAGAACUUCCAUUCUACAAGGCCUUUGCCAAAGAAUCAAAGCAAAAGAUGACUGCAAGAAAAAGGAGGGCUGAGAAAGAGGCUAAAGAGGCAGAAAAAGCCAGAGAAGAACUAGGUCUUGAUAAAGAUGAUGACGUGAGAACCUUAAUUCAGAGAAGAAAUGAGAAUCGGAAAAAAGAAAUGGAUGACUUUUUGGCUCAGAUGGAAGCAAAGUACGGAAAUUCCUCCAAAAAGGAAGGAAAGAAAACAGCAGCCAAGAAAAAAAAAUAAAUGACUGCUUUUUCUAAAUAUUUUGCUGUUCACGUCUUCCAUUUACACUACUCCUGCACUGAGACAGCCAAGGAAAAGCAUU